AGAGAGGGAGGGAGGGAGAGAAAGAUAAAAAGAAAAGUGGAAGGGAGAUGGGCUCGGUGACGCCGGAACUCGGGUUGGAUUUGAAGCUCUGCGCCAUGAAGAGCGCGAGCGGUUUUCUGAAGGAGGCCUGGGCGAUUGAGAAAGGAGAAGGGAGGAUGGCAAAGGUGGAGGAGUGCGUGAAGAGCUUAGAGGAGGAGAGGAGGAAGAUCGAGGCGUUUAAACGUGAGCUUCCCCUCUGCAUGCAUCUUAUCGGCGAUGUGAUCCAGGGGUUGAAGGAGGAGCUGGAGCAAUGCCGGAUGGACGGAUACGCGAUGUCCGGCAAUGUCCUCGAAGAAUUCAUGCCCAUUAAGAGUAAAUUCGAGGAGGAGGACAGGGUAAAGUUUGAAGACGAUACCAAGGAUAAGAUGAACUGGAUGAGCUCCGCCCAGCUCUGGAGCGACAAUUACAGCGAUGAGAAAAAAGACAGCACCCCCACCGACGAGAAGAGAAUCGCCGAAAAGAGAGUUGGAGAGCCCGAUCACGAGACCUCGUCGCUGGAAUCCAGAGGUCGGAGCGGGGGAGGCGCAUUCGUGCCGUUCAAAGGCCUAUCGGCGCUCGCCGCGAACGCGAGGAAGGAGGAAAAGCCGGCGGUGGGGUUGCCGGACCUCUUCCUGCUGUCCCCUGGGAUCAAGGACUCUCGCUCGGUUCCGGCUGUGACCGACGACCACCGUGGUAGUGACGUGAUCUCCAAAGCCACCGUGAGAGCACCGGCGCCGUCGCCGCUGGCCGCGGCCGGCGCCCAUCUCAGCUUGCAUGCCCAGCAGCAGACCCAAAGGAAGCCUCGGCGGUGCUGGUCGCCGGAGCUGCAUCGCCGCUUCGUGGCCGCCCUCCAGCAUCUCGGCGGUGCCCAAGUGGCUACCCCAAAGCAGAUCAGAGAACUGAUGAAGGUUGAUGGGCUCACAAAUGAUGAAGUGAAGAGCCAUUUGCAGAAAUAUCGAUUACACACUCGAAAGGUGCCGAAUGCUUCAGCUGCAGUGAACCAUUCUGUUGUCGUUAUGGGAGACUUAUGGGUUCCCCAGGAGCACUAUUCUACUUCACAGAAGAGUGCUUCCCAAUCUGGCUCUCCGCAAAGCCCUCUUCAACUAGCUGGUGCUGGCCACACAAUCUCCAUUACUGCUGGAGAUAGCUGCGAGGAAGAAGAUGGGAAAUCAGAGAGCUACAGCUGGAAAUGAGAGGAAGUGAGGCCUUAGAUAUCUGUUGAAGAGACUGACAUAUGGGAAUCGAUGUAUAGAGAAAUCAAGAGUUCUACUGAUACAAUACUGGGGAGAAACUGAUGGGCUUGGAGUACAAUUCUGUGAUAUGGAGGGAAAAGAGGAACAGCCAUGCUGAGGAAAGGAGUUAUGGAUCUCCUUACAUAAAAUUUUGGGCAGAGAUCAGUUUUCCCCCCCUUGGUUCUUCCUUUCUUUUCCUUUGGGUUUUAAACAAUAUGAGGGUUGUUGUGACACUUAUUAGACAUCAAACAAAAGUGUCAUUUUCCCCUUAGAUAAAGUCUUUGCUGGUUUUAAACAUGACUGGUUCUUGAAUUCUUAUUGAGCUUUUGAUAAGUGUAAAUUUGAUAC